UGGAGAAGAGAAGACACCCUAGAGGAGGACCAGUGUCCAGGGCAGGAGCUCGUGGGAGGUGACACCAGGUUGAAAACUGUGCAGGGUGUCGUGACAAGGUACUGCAGUGAUUAUGGCAUGAUUGAUGAUUUGAUCUACUUCUCCAAUGAGGCUGUGACUGGCAGUGUGGUUUUGAACGUUGGACAGGAAGUGGUUGCGCUUGUGGAAGAAAAUAAAGUAUCAAAUGGACUGAAAGCAAUUAGGGUGGAAGCUGUCUCUGACAAAUGGGAGGAUGACAGCAAACAGCAUGGCAGAGAACUCUCAGAUUCCAGGCCCCGAGUACUGAUUGGCUGUGUGACUUCCCUGAUGGAAGGGGCUGGCUACAUCAAUCAAACCACCUACUUUUCUUUGAAGAAUGUGUGUGAAGGGUUCCAGCCAUGCAAGGGGGACUGGGUGGAGGCUGAGUACCGGAUCCGGCCAGGUACAUGGAACAGUGAGGCCAUCACAGUGAAGCCGCUGAGGUACAAGCGUGUGGACAAGACCACAGGCCUGUGGAGAGACUCCAGCGCUGCUGGCGAAGCCUCUGAGGAAUCCUGUGGAACCCGCUUACUCAAGAACAAAGGUGGUGUUGAAGUUACAAAGAUGACAGAUUUUGGAACACUGAAAGAAGGUGGAAGUAAAACAAUGGUGAUCUGGAUAGAGAAUAAAGGAGAUGUUCCUCAAGACCUAAUCAGCUGCAAACUGGCUGGCUGGGAUAGAACUCACCAGUUUAGGUUUCAGAUGCCAGAUGUAGGCCAGGCCAGCCCAGAGGUGUCUUUUGUUUCUGUUCCUGAGAAGAAACAACUUUUCUCAGAUGAAAAUGUCGGCUCGUUAAAUAGUGAUAGAAAAAGCAAAACCAACGAGACGCUGGAGGGAAGACUGGUGAACAACAUAGAGGGUUCUCCAGAUGACAGUGCCUGUGAAGGGAAGAGACCACAAAAAGAAAACGCUCCAUCAAAACAGCAGCAGAUAGAGCCCACGCCUGGGGGCCUCCUCCCUCCAGGGGGAAGAACCUCCGUUGCGGUGACAUGUGAUGCCAGAACCUCUGGACGCUGCAAGGAGCUGCUCCUUUUCUGCUUUUCUAACUUCCUCAUUGGGCGACACCUGGAAGUGACCGUCGUGAGUGGUGAGGAGGCACUGAUAGCUGUCCGUGAACCAUUCUCUUGGAGAAAGCCUAGAAGUUCACAAGCAGUACCAUCCCACAAAACGACAGUUGUGACCACACAGAAAAGGAACUCAAGACGACAACUUCCAAGUUUUCUUCCACAGUAUCCGAUACCAGAUAGGCUGAAGAAAUGUGUGGAACAAAAAAUUGACAUCCUAACCUUCCAGCCACUACUUGCAGAGCUUUUGAACAUGUCAAACUACAAGGAGAAGUUCUCCACUCUGCUGUGGCUUGAGGAGAUCCAUGCAGAAAUGGAGCUGAAGGAUUACAGCAUGAGCGGAGUCACCUUGAAGAGGAACGGGGAUCUGCUGGUGCUGGAGGUCCCUGGCUUGGCUGAGAGCAGGCCGUCCCUGUACACAGGUGACAAGCUGAUUUUAAAAUCUCAAGAGUAUAAUGGACAUGUCAUCGAGUACAUCGGCUAUGUGAUGGAGAUUCAUGAAGAAGACGUGACUCUUAAACUUAAUACAGAAUUUGAACAGACAUACAACUCUGAGCCUAUGGAUGUGGAGUUCACGUACAACAGGACCACAAGCAGACGAUGUCACUUUGCACUUGAACAAGCCAUCCACUUAGGUGUAAAAGUACUGUUUCCAGAAGAAGUAAUUUUACAGUCUCCCCAGGUAACAGACAAUUGGAGCCAUGCACAACAAACCGAAAGUGAUGAACAAUCUACCACCAAGAACAUUAAAACCAUGAAGAACCAAACUAGACAUUCAACAAAGGAGAAAGGUGUUGGCGCCAAGGACCUGCCAGGGAUGGUGACUUCUGCUGCAGAGAUGAUAGGUGAAACGCAUGCUCCUAAAGGAAGAGAUACGGAGUUUUUCAAUGCGCUGUUGAAUGAAAAUCAGAAGCUUGCAGUUAGAAGAAUUCUGAGUGGUGACUGCCGCCCGCUCCCAUAUAUUCUUUUUGGCCCUCCUGGAACUGGAAAGACCAUGACCAUAAUCGAGGCUGUGUUGCAGGUGCAUCACGCUCUGCAGGACAGCCGCAUCUUGGUCUGUGCCCCUUCCAACAGCGCUGCUGACCUUGUGUGCUUACGGCUGCAUGAGAGCAAGGUGCUAAGGCCUGCCUCCAUGGUCCGGGUGAAUGCCACCUGCAGGUUUGAGGAGACCAUCAUUGAUGCCAUCAAACCGUAUUGCAGAGAUGGGGAAGAUAUCUGGAGAGCCUCCCGCUUCCGGAUAAUAAUCACAACGUGCAGCAGUGCGGGGCUGUUCUAUCAGAUCGGAGUACGAGUUGGACACUUCACACACGUGUUUGUGGAUGAGGCCGGGCAGGCGAGUGAGCCAGAAUGCCUUAUUCCCCUGGGGCUGAUCUCAGAUGUCAGUGGCCAGGUGGUUCUUGCUGGAGACCCCAUGCAGCUUGGCCCAGUCAUCAAGUCCAGGCUGGCCAUGGCCUAUGGGCUGAAUGUGUCCAUGCUAGAGAGGCUGAUGCUGCGUCCCGUGUACCUGAGAGAUGAGCAUACGUUCGGGGCUUGUGGUGCAUACAACCCCCUGCUGGUCACAAAGCUGGUAAAGAACUACCGGUCCCAUUCUGCCCUGCUGGCACUGCCCUCCCGCCUGUUCUAUCACAAGGAGCUUGAAGUCUGUGCAGACCCCAAAGUGGUGACUUUACUGCUAGGCUGGGAGAAGCUCCCCAAGAAAGGGUUCCCUCUCGUCUUCCAUGGUGUGAGGGGGAGUGAGGCUCGUGAAGGCCGCAGCCCAUCGUGGUUCAACCCAGCAGAGGCUGUCCAGGUUAUGCGCUACUGCUGCCUCCUAGCCCACAGCGUGUCCAGCCAGGUGUCCGCCAGGGACAUAGGUGUCAUCACGCCCUACCGGAAGCAGGUAGAAAAAAUAAAAAUUCUCCUGCGCAAUGUCGAUUUGAUGGACAUAAAGGUUGGGUCCGUGGAGGAGUUUCAGGGCCAGGAACACCUGGUGAUCAUCAUCUCCACGGUACGUUCAAGUGAAGAUAGAUUUGAAGAUGAUCGAUAUUUUUUGGGAUUCUUGUCCAACUCGAAGAGAUUCAACGUCGCGAUCACCAGACCCAAAGCCCUGCUCAUUGUGCUGGGGAACCCGCAUGUGCUUGUCAGGGACCCCUGCUUUGGUGCUUUGCUGGAAUACAGCAUUACAAAUGGCGUUUACACGGGGUGCGAUCUGCCUCCUGAACUACAGGCUCUGCAAAAGUGAGUGGCUGGCUGCGGGGGCCCUUCCACCCAAGACCUACAAACCCAUGCCUAUGCAGCCACAGUGGUCACUGUCUCCUGGACAUUUGGGGUUGGUGUCACCCUCCCCAGGCCCCCUAGAGAUGAACACAGUGCUCCUUGAGACACCCCACAGGGAAGAGUGCAGCCUGCUGUGGGAGCCAGAUGCUUCCAGAUGCCUCUUCCUCCUUACAGCUGUGGG